AUGCAUCAACAAGAACCCUCGGAUAUGUCGCUUCCAUCUACGCCAAGACUGCUUGCAGAUGAGAUUCAGGUACCUGAGAUAGACGGCGAUGAAAAAUUCAGUGAAUUGGUGGACAAAUUCAGCCAGUUUUUCGAGCACGCAAUUCGGCUUCCGCACACCUUCGAGGACUUACGUAGGAGCCAGGAAGGUCGGGCACUACAGCCACUCAUCGAAUAUCUCUCUACACAGGUCGAACACCCUUGCACUGCAUCAGCCCUCUUGGCUCUGAAAGGGCACUUCUCGGCUCUCGAAGAGAACAGUGAUGUUCCGGGUGUCAAUCAAGCUAGAGGAUAUGCUUGCGAAUUCGUGGCCUGGCAAUUCGUGAGCAAUCUGAAGGAUAGCGAUGCCAUGGAAUAUUUAUUAGUCGAACUGCCACCUUUGGCAAGCUCGAGAAGUCAGGUUACAGAGGACAGGCAAAGUGUGCAGGGAGACGGCAAUGGCAAUGGCGCGUCUCAGUCGAACGAGCGCACUCCUCUUCUGCCCACCUCUAACAGUGACUAUUUCGGUCACAACUCUCCUGCUAUAUCACGGUUCAGCUCGCUGACAUCUCAGUGUGAGAAUCUCAGUGCUCUUGAGAUCGCUUCAGUUUCGGGCGCGAAGAAGUUUCUCGGUCAGCGACCUGUUCAAAAGCUUAUCAAUGGGCUAUUCAAGGGUGAUAUCGUGUUCUGGGAGACAUUGAGCGUCAAUUCGAUCAAGAGACCCAGGAAAUACAAUCGGAGACAAGCCGAUCCAUUCUCUCGGCUUCGGGUACCACUGUACCUCAAGGUAUUCGAGACAUUAUUCUUCGGAGUAUUUCUCGCAUUGUAUUAUGCAGUACUCGUGGCUCGCAACGAAGAACGUGUUACCGUUGCAGAGAUUAUGCUGUAUGUCUGGAUUGCUAGUUUUGCCUACGACGAGUUUGCAGACUGGACAGACGCCGGCCAAACAAGCUUCUAUGCUUCAGACUUUUGGUGGACCUGGGAUAUCAGUAUUGUUGUAGUCGGCAUGAUCUUUUGUGUUCUCAGGAUUGUUGGGUUGACAACCGCAUCAACUGACACUAUGGACCUGGCAUACGAUGUGUUGGGACUGGAAGCUCUAUUUCUAAUCCCACGUAUAUUUGCUCUUUUGAGUCUCAAUCGCUACUUUGGUACCCUCAUACCAUGUCUCAAAGAGAUGACCAAAGACUUCGUCAAGUUCUUGUCACUCGUCGUUAUCCUUUAUCUAGGUUUUCUCACGACGUUCGUGCUGCUGGCGCGUGGUACAUUCAGCGCGAAGGAGAUGAGUUGGAUUUUGAUCAAAGUAUUUUUCGGGUCCAGCUACUUGGGUUUUGAUAUCGCGGAAGAAAUUACGUGCGUCUACACAUACUCUGUGUCGAAAUCCAAGAGUCCGCUCUCAUUACAUGAUACAUAUGAGCCACAAGUGGCAAAUUCAGAUCAUGCUGGCUACAUUGCUGCGGUUCUGGACCAUGCGAGAGACGAAUAUCUCUUCAUCUUCAAGCUCAAACAGACUUACCUAUUUUCUACCUCCUCUGCAUAUUCAGUAUGGGCGAGUGCAUUUUCGCAGUACUCCAUCCAGCCUUGCGCUGCCGCUCAGGCUUUCUCGACAGUAGCUAAGCCGGGAACGCCGAAAGCUACAUGGACAAGAAGCGCAAGGUGGACCCUUAAGACUAUUGCGAGGCUGAUCAGCUCACAGAACCUCAUUCCACUCAUCAUUCGACCUCUUCGGUUGUUCUUACCAUCGGAAAGGCUAAGAGAGGUCCGCAUCGUACUGCUCAAGGCGACUCACGUGCCCUUCGUUGGCGCAAUCUGGGUCUACGAGCAGCUCGCAAAUACACACAAGCCUAACUCGAGUGCGAUGUCUCUGAGUGGGCCUCAGAUACCCUCGUCUAAGAAACUUCCCCGGUUGCCCGUCAACUCGCCACGCCUGUUAAUGGCAGAUGGGCAAGUGGCGCGAAUGCAUCACACUAGCCGGUCCCAUACCCGAACAGGGGUGCCAGAACCCGAUGCCCAAUUAAGGAACUUGGUUCUCAAGCUUUCCGCGCAGGUCGAGGAACUCACUACAAUGGUGUCGCAGCUUUCAGAGCAGCGCGAAGCGAGCCCAGCGGCCGCUUAA